AGAGGCGGAGGCAGAAGGGAGGGCUGUCCCAAGACCUCUGGCCCCGAGGGAGUGCCCGGGCGAGGCGGGCAAUGGGAACAGGCCCACAGGAAUAACAGCAGCAACAACAGCCGCGAUGCCGCGCCAUGGCCAGCGCAAGGGCUCCCUGGGGCCGCCGCCGCCUGAAGGGCCCUCUUCGCCCGCCGCGGCCUACCCCCGAGGCCGGGAGCCCAGCGUGACCAGUGUGACCAGCGCUGGCGGAGGGGCCGCCUUGACGGACGAAUUCUCCGUGGCCACCGUCAUCGGCCUGAAGCACAUGGUCAGCAAAAGCAGCUUGGCCCCCGUCACCCCCGCCGAGAAGCUCAAGGGCGAGAAGGCCCGCUCCCUCCUCAGGAUGUUGUUGAGAAGUCAGAAGACCUCUGAAGAUUCUUUUGCGUCCAAUGACAUCCAUAAUUUAAUUCCUUGCGGUGAUGUGGUUGGCUUGAUGGCAGUUAUUGUGAAGCAGUGCAAAGAUUUCACCCCCAAGUUCACUGUUAACCGUGACACUUAUUUACUGGUCCGUAUUAGUAUUGAUAAAAUCAUGAAAUGCACAAAUCCUCAAGUUUUCAAAGCAAAUAAGAAUAGCAGAAAGCCCAUAACAAUCAACUUUGGAGAUGUGAGAUAUUUUUCAGUAAAGGUUCCAAAGCAGAAAAGUGAUCCUAGGAAUAGGAUUACAUUAGAACUGGUGGGCUUUGAAGGACCAAAGGACUUUCCAAGGCUGUUUGGGAAUGUGACUAUGCACCUCUAUGAUGUUAUUCAAAAGCAGUCCUUCACUGAAAUAUGUGCUAUGAGAAUUCGAAAUAUGGUUUUCUGCACAGUUGAGGUGGAAUUCAUGUUCUGCUAUGGAUGUCUUGGAUAUGGGUAUUCACAUCAGCUGAAGCUGCCAGGUACAGAUCCUGCCCAGGCCGUGGCAUAUUCCAUGUUUCUGCGGGUUCCACCACCAGAAGAAAGAAAAGAUCAUUCCAGUAAUGUAAUCAAGCCCCAGCACAUGGACUACCCUGCAUUCUUAUCCCCAGAUCUAAAUGUUACCAUUGCGAAUGUUGAGCUGGACCCUCCUGCAGAAAUUUCAGAGCACUACCAAAGUCUUCAGAAGGCUUUGAAAGAACCACCUCGAGAAAGGUUGGAGAGAAUGAAAAAAGAAUAUCGGAGUUUGCCAACGUGGCCUGAGAAGGCUGAAUAUUUAGACCAACUGAUCUUAAAAAAAGGACCGAAAACAGGAACUCCACAACCAAAGAUGUCUCGCUUCAGGGAAAUCGUUGGGAAGAUUCAUAUGCCUGGACACAAAGUUGCUCCUUCCAUAGUAGUAGGAGUUGUGGAAGAAGAAAAAAUACCUGACAUUCCACCAGAUGAGGUUCAGCCAGAUGAAUUACAACCAGAUGAAAUGCAAUCGGAUGAAAUGCAACCAGAUGGAAUGCAAGCAGAUGAGAUUCAACCAGAUAGGAUUCAACCAGAUGAGAAUCAAUCAGAUGAGAUUCAGACAGAUGAAUUACAACCAGAUGAAAUGCAACCAGAUGGAAUGCAAGCAGAUGAGAUUCAACCAGAUAGGAUUCAACCACCUGAGAUUCAACCAGAUGAGAUUCAGACAGAUGAAUUACAACCAAAUGAAAUGCAACCACCUGAAAUUCUGGAGUGGGCAAGUGUUCCACAUGAUGUAUCUAACUUAUAUUUUCAACCUCGUGAACUUGAGCCAUCUGGUGAAGAACUGGAAUCAGAAGGUGAACUAGUGGGAGUGACAAAUUUUCUGAAUGGAUCCACUGAAACUACCCAGCUUAUUCCAACGCUGGCUGUAACUUCUAGCACUACCUAUCCUUCAAGAUCUUCAAGUGGAGAUGUUGUGGAAGAUAAAGUCAGAAGAAGAAAAUUUUCCCAUGAAUCUGAAACCUCACUAUCGAGUUCCAGUGAAGUACCAGCAGAAUUUUCUGAAACAGGAGAUUCUGAAAGUUUUAUUUUUGCAGGUCCUAUGGGACAAGAGGAACUACCUGCCACAGUGAAAAAACCAGCUACCAUAGAAUAUAUGCCAGAACCAAUACAGUCAAAGGAAUCACUUCCCAGGUCUGAUUUCCCUCUGCCUGUCUUGGAUGAAUGUGUAACUCCUAAAUCAUCAGAGUCAGUUGUUAAAUCAGAACAGAAGUGGUUGUUGAAAGACAAUGGGUUCCAAAAAGCAGUUUUUAGUGGGAGCAAGUUUGAACCAUUCUUGAGACGUGUCUGUAAAGUACAACCGCCUCCACUCAGUAUAGGUAAAACAGAUAUUUUCAGUCAACUAGAAGAAACACCUGAUGAUAUGAAAGAAGUAGAAGACCAAGAUCCACCUCAUGGGGUUCCUUUCACAAAGAAAGAUAGCAAUCUAGACACUAAUAGGAGUGGUGAACAACUGUCUAUUCUACGACUCAUAGAAAGAAAAAUGGGUUUAGAAGAAGAAGGCCAAAAUAUUGCCACACAAACUGAAGAACCAACAUCACUGGGUAUAACAUCUAGUAUUCCUAAGAAAUCCCUUAGAAACAAACUAUCAGAGGCAGAAAUAAAACAGGCCCAGAUGUCUCUUAAGGACUCUCUUGAAGAGUUUCUUGUUGAUAAACUUGUAAAAGUUUCAGUACUGGAAUCAGUUUUAAGCAAAAACCUUGAAAACCUAGUUGCAGAGAGGCUAUCCCAAGAACGAGAAGACAGUGACAGCGAGAAGCAAUCACCCGAGGAAAGAAAAGCUAGUUCUCGUGAAAAGUUUUCAGAGCCAGACAUAGAAACGUUGAAAGAAGUGAGUCAAAACUUGCAAACCCGUCUUGUUGGGAAACUCUCUCAACAGGGGAUAAUUCCAGACAUGAAAGUAGCUGAGAAAGACCAGAAAGUUUAUUUUCCAAGUGCUACUGAUUUGCUGAAGCGGGGGGAAAGUUUGUCCAAGGAAAGAAUUACACAGAAUGAAAUAGUAACGAUAAAACCAUUAAGUGACAGUCAUUCAGGAGACAUUUCUGAAAUUGAACAGGAUGUUAAAGAGACAGGCUUAUCUGCAAGCAGACAUGAAGAUGACAGAGAACCCACUUGGCCUUUCAAAAUUCAAGAUAGUUUAAUAAAAAGAGCACUUUCAAAGGCAGAUUUAAAAAAGGAACCCUCUACACAAUCAUUGGAGAUAAUUAGAAUAACUGUACCAUUGAGCACAGAAACAGAUAGUAAUAACCAACAACUUUCCAAUUAUGACAUUCUCCUAGAAAAAGUUUUAAAAGCAGAAAUUACAAGCUUAAAAUCAUUUUUAAGCAAAAACCUCCAGGAUCACCUUAAAGAUAAACUUGCAGAAAUUGGAGUAACACCCAAAGAUUUGAAAACAGUAUGCAGUAAGUUGUCCUUUACCAGGAAAGGGAAGCACAUGAUGACCCCAGAAGAUCAGGUUCCAUCUGAUGAAGACCUUGUUGAAGAAACACCUGUGUUAAGUGAAAGUGUUCAAAAUAUCUUACAAGCACUUUCAAAAAGAGAAGUUACCAAUUUAAAGUCUGCAUUGAAUAAAAAGAUCCAAGACCAUAUUUCGGAGAGACUUGCAGAAAUAGGGCUGAUUACAGAGGAAGAGUUAAGGGAAAUACUUGAAAACUUGCUUCCGGUUGUGGCCAAAGAAACAUCACCAACAGGAAUUAAAGAAUCAGAAUUACUCAAAGAAGAGCAAACAACACCUCCUUUAACCCAAAAUCUGCAUGAAAGGUUUUCAGAAGAAGAACUACAAAAUCUAAAGUCUCUCUUAAGCAAACUGCUAAAAGAAGGUCACAGAGAUGCACUUUCAGAAUCAGAAGUAAAAGGCUUAACAUCAGUUUUACAGAAAAGCUGUGAGGAUCUGCCCAUACAAAGCAGUUCUAAAAGUGAAAUAAAGGAAGGUGUGGAAAUAAAGGACAAAAGUUGUAAGAUAUCUUCAACAAAUGCAGAAGAUGAAUUGAAAGGUAGUAAUGUAAUUGUAUUGGAGAGAAGAAAAGAUCAUUCAAAGGAAAGUCUUCAUAAAAUUUCAGCACUUGAUGAAAAAUAUGGUAUAAGAAGAGAAACGGUGGACCUUUCUGUAAACGGUAUUUUUGAAGUAGAAAAAAGGAACCAAGAAACACAAACUGUGCUUCCUCGUAAAAGGGUAAAACAUAUUUCUAAGAAAGAAAGUCACAGGUGGCCAUCCAGUCCUAAUAAUCCAGAGAUGUCAGAUUUAAAGAAAGGGUUGUGUGAAGCAGAAUUGAAAAGCAAAUCAUCCGAUGAAAUUUUGAAAACAGUAUCUGAACCAUUUACUUCUUCAUCAUUCUUGAGUGCACAUGAUAUUGGCGUCCAAACUGUGCUAAGAAAUUAUCUUACCAAGCCAAAUUACCCUGCCAAGCCUUCCUUUCCAGUAAACCCUCAGACAUUUAUUCUUUUACAUUCAGAGUCUGAGGAUGAAGCAAAGACGUCAUGUAAAUACCACCAAAAACCUCACAGCAAGAGGAAGUAUGAGAGAAAGAGGGACUUGGUGUCACACCAUUCACACCAAGCAGCGACCAAUGCACAAACCAAGAAGGAAAAGUCAAGUAGUGGAAGUUCAUCUAAGGAGGUUUUAAAAGAAAAAGGCAAAAGACAUGGUGAACCAUCUCCCUCCAGACCAACCAUGACAGAAUACAGGAAGGACUUAAAAACAACAGCCUCUCCUAGUAAUAUGAGAAAGGAAAGCCAGAAGCUGAAAGAAGAGAGAAAACGUGAAAAUGAAGUUAAGUCCAAAAAAGCAACUCACAAGACUGCUGCCCUAUCUGAUCCACAUCUAUCAAAAAAUCUUCCAGCUUCUGGGCGUACAAAAGGAAAUACAUUGAUCAACUAAAAUAAGUAGAAACAGAUCCUGUAACAGGUGGAAGGAGCCAAUGGCUUACCUCCCAUCACCUGCCCAAGAUCGCAUGGCUUAAAAGUAAGCUUUUACCUACUGAAUCCCUGACCUCUUCUCUCCCAUUCUUCCUCCUUCAGACCAGAACAGACAUCCUUGACUCCUUCACAGCCUUAUUUAUUUUCUAUUCUGGUCCUCCUUGGACUUCUUUCCAUUCUUCCUCUCCACUUUCUUAAUUUCAUCUACAUGUAUUUUUUAAAAAUGCCUUUUCUCCUUUGUAUUUUGUUGCCAGUUGGUUCUCUUUCUAUUUGGACAUAACCUAUGAGAAAUGCAACUUCAUGCAACUACAUACUGUGGUGAGUGCUACUCAGUUGAUGAGACCUGAAUUGUACCAGCCAUCUUCCUCAGAGGAAAAAAAACACCUCUCAUUUUUUUUUUGCCAGAAAGGCAUGCUGCAUGAUUAAUUGGCUCUUAUAAGUAACACAGUUAAUGGAAUUAGGGAAAAAGCAACUAGUCUGAUGCUGCUGUUUGGGAAGUAUAUACAUGUACUGAAUCUGUAUUGUCAUUACCACCCAACUGUGGGAUAAUCAGAGAGGCUGUGAGGAACAGUGGAUGCAUCUCUGUGGGCCUACAGGUUGCCCUUGGGUGAUAUAGAACAUUUGCUUCUGCACACAUAUUACUGAUCAGCAUGAACCUGUUUAGAGUAAAUUAAAAUCAAAUCACUCCCAAAUAUCAAAUUGCCGUUUGACCACAAUUACACUCCAAGGACAUUCAUAUGUGAAUAGUCUGUGUUCCCAGUACAUGAUCUAUUUCUAGACCAAAGCCCUGGUUAUUAUCUUUAGCUUCAGUUAGUGCUUCUAAUGAAAUGUAUAACCAGCUCACCUGCUUGAAAAAAGCAUGUGACAGUAGACCUCUUGCUGAUGGCCUAGAUCCCAGGGAAAAAACACAAAGCUUACAUGUUAACCUUUGAAAAGAUUAGAUUGGCAGUAAUUUCAUCUCAUCUUACAGUUUCAUUACAGGUUAGCAAAUCAAGUAAAACCUUUCCUAUUUAAUCAUACACUUGGUUAAGGAGCUUAAGAUUUUCAAAAAUCACAUUAACUAUUGUAUACAGAAAAUGUGUUAUUUUCAGGCUCUUUAUACAUAGGUUCAAAAUUAGUACUGUUACCAGUUAAAUAAUGUAGUUGAUAUCUCACUUGGUUUUUAGUUGAUAUGGUUAAAGUCAAUUGAAGUAUGUUUGCACAAGAACAAACCCCCAGUGUCUGUAGUUUUCAAAAGUAACUCCAUUACAAUGUGUAGACAACUUUAUUAAACUGUAUGUUACUGAACACACAUAGAAGGAAAGGUAGCCUCUUUUUAUUCCCAAUUUCAAGGAUAUGCCAUAAUCAAGGGGUUUUUAGAAUAACCUUGAUUCCCAGCAGUCAAUCAACUAAAAACUAAAUUUACAACCCUAUCAAAUUUUAUAACAUUAUCAACUUUCACUGCCCUGCACCUUGCUUGUGUAAAACCCAGAAGGGGAGGUUUUGACAGCUCUAUGGUUUCUCCCUCCCGCAACACCUCCCCAGAGUAACCCAUAAAGGCAGCAUGACAAAGCAACAGGACAAAUGGGAGGCCUGUGUAUCUUCAUCCAGACUUCACUCUCUGUAUCUUUCACUCUCUUAGCACUGGCUACCUGCAUCAGACAAAGAGAUGUGUAGGGAUAUGGAAAGCAUCCACAACCCAUCAUUGCUCCUUGACUUUCCAUUGCAAUAUGUAGAUUACUGUUUGCAGGAAGUGCAGACCAGGGCUCUGUUAAACUCUGCUAGGCUCAUCUGUGCACAGAUCCUGCAAAUGGAUCGAUCAUCCCACAAAUAUGUAUGGUGUCAUCCUUAGUGUGUAUACCUAAAGAUGAGCUUUGUGUAACCACACCACAGUUUUCGCUAAUCUCACCACUGUUUAUCACCUGCUACUCUGCACUCCUACAAAAUCACCUAUUCAGCAUGGAAUACAGCUUCCUGGAAAUUCUGUUUUUAAAUUAAAAACCAAAAUGCACCUAGCAAAGGUUAAGACUCACUCCACAACAGUUUGGAAAAUGCUUGACCAAAUAUAUCCUUCUAACACACACUUUUCUUUAAACCCCACACAAAUGUAAUUUCACUGUAUAAUCACUACAUUGUAACUGCAAUUUACUGUAAAGACAUUUACC